UGUCCUAAAUACAUGUAUUUCUUAUCAGAUUAGAUGGGUGUUUCACAAAAAGGGUGGACAAAGAGGGAACAGAAACAUCUGUGACACUCAAGAAAGUAAAAUAAGCAAAAGCACCGAAAUGAGGCAUACUGGAGGUUCAAUAGUUUUCGUCUUGGUGGUAUGUGUAUUUACAGGAGUCGCAUCACAGUGUGAGUGCGACAAUGUUGGAAGCGACCCCACCAUAUGUGAAUGGUCGUGUACCUACUACAUCUAUUGUGAUAACGGAACGCAGAUACGAGAAGACUGCGAGGUCGGGGAUGUCGUCAAUAUUGACAAUGGUGAAUGCGAUAUAAUAGAUAAUGUGCCACCCCCCUGUGGAGUCCGCAGAAAUUGCACAGGAAAAGCUGACGGAUACUACGCCAAUCUGGACGACGCUUGCUUGUCGUAUCAUUAUUGUAUCGGUGGAGAAUUCCAAACAAACAACCUCUGCCCCGAUGGUUUGAUAUUUGAUGAACCUCGUCAAUUAUGCAACUGGCCAAAUAAUGUUUGUCCCGAGUGCGGUACGGGGACUGGUGACCCCUUGUAUCCUUGUGAGGGAGAGAUUACAACUGUGGUAGGAAAUGACGUUUAAUCACGUGAUGUUCAAGUGACGUUAGGAGUAGAAACGGCAUUUUCAAUUAAAAAAGACACAAUUUACGACAGUCGAUGUCGACUUAUGUUUAGUUGGAUGUAGGAAUUUACAGAUUUGAUAUUUUGUCGACAUGCAUUGCAGUUUGUCUACAAAGCUGUAUAGUACGCAUAUCUACUUGUAAAUAAAGUUGUUCACUUUUUGCAAAAAGGA